UAAAUGGCCGGCGUUGGUUGGACGGUGGACAGAGCACCCAUCCUUGUGAUACGCGCAGGAGGCGCCCGGUGGCCAGUGUGGUGAGCGGCCGAGAGGGAGAGUGGUGCACGUGCGCACGAGCGGACCGGACACUCAGACACACACAAGGGAGCGUGAUAGCAGCAGCGGCGCUCGGACCCGACCGGCAGGAACCAUGAUGCUGAGGGCGGCGCUGCUGCUGCUGCUAUUCGCCCUGGGUGCGGCAGCUCCACAGGGGGUUUCCACUAGCCCCGAGGACGAGCUGCUGCCCCUGGUCCCCGACCAGAUCAGCGACGACACCGACCUCACCACCUCCUCCGGAUACAAGUCGGAUGAAGGCGUCACGACAGUCGAGGACAGCACCAGUGACAUCGAGUUACUUCCUGAGGGAGAAGUAGUCGAGGAGCUCGCCCAACAGCGUGUGGUCGGAGAAACAGUUGAGACUGACGUCGUCGACGAACCGAUCGUGACAGUCGUGUCGGUAGCGACGGCUGGCGAUGGUGAGUCCACCGUCGAGCAGGAGAUCGAGGCGGCCCUGCCGGUGGCCGAGCCGGCCGUGGAGCCUCCGCAGGCCGCCGAUCCAACCCAGGAGCCCAAGGUAACUACGUACUCCCCGAGAGUACGUUACCAGCCGCCGGCGGCCCCGCGACCCUCUCCGUCGGAUAACGAGAUCGACGACACACUGAGCACUGCCGAACCCACCCAGCUGGCCCCAGUGCGCGUCUUCUUUGAGCCGGCCCGCUACCCGGGAGAGUUCAGCUUCGACCAGGUGCAGCAGCCCGAGUGGUUCUCGGAUGAUGAAGAGGAAGAGAAGCAGGAGAAGCCCUACCACCGGUACCGGGUCUACUACUCGGGCCCGCAGCAGGCUGAGCCGCUCGCCACCGUGGUAGAGACACAGCCAGACUCGCAGAAACCAGCUCCGAUCGUCCGUAAGCCCGUCUCAGCUUACAGGCCAAGCUACAAGUCUCCUUACAAGCCCUUCUACAAGCACGUAUACAAGCCUGACUACAGCCCCGACUAUCAGUCCUACUACGGACCAGAGUAUGAGUCGGAGUACCGCCACGAGCCCCGGCCAGUCCUCCGGGAGCCUCCGUUUGAGGCCGUGAUUCUGCACGAGCCAGGUCGCUACUACGAGCGCUACAGGCGCCCGGUGCCCGCAAGCGAGCCGAACCUCCCCGCCGUCGGCUUCCCGCCUGUAUCCAGCUUCUCAGACAACCUGAAGACCAACGUCGACUUCCUGGGCGAGUCGUUCGGUGCGCGCGUGACUCGCUCACCGGGACACCCUCACCGCCGCUGGCGCCGUUCGCCCAACCUCGCUGAGGUGCUUUCCGACUCCUCGGCCUUCUUCAAACCCACGCCGAUUGACCACGGAGUGCCUCACCACGCCGGCAAACUGGCGCUCAAGGGCGAACAUCGUGGUCGGGCGCUGCACGCCAUCGCUGAGGUGCAGGAGAUCCACCCUGGACACCACGCUCCGCAUGGAUCACACCACGCGCCCAGCCAUGCGCCGAACCACGCACCGCAUCACAUGCCUCAUCACGAACCCAGCCACGUGCCGCAUCACGCCCCUAGCCAUGUGCCGGAGCACAAGCCGCAUCACAUGCCUCACCACAUGCCCCACCACGCACCGAAGCACAUGCCACACAUGCCGCACCAUCACAAGCCAGCGGCACCCACCGGCUACCUGGCCCCGAAGGCGAGCCACCACAAGGGCGACAGCUACGGUGUCUACGACGACUACCCCAACGAGCACAUCGUCAAGGACUACAGCGCACCGUCCACGGCCUGGGACUACGUGCUGGCUGCCACCGGACACGCCAAGGGCCAUCACGCCAAGGGCCACGGUCACAUGGACGCCCAUCGGACCUACAAGGCGCCUACGUCCUACAAGGCGCCGGAGCCAGACUACCAUGCCCCGAUGACCGACUACCACGCUCCCAAGGGCGAGUACCACGCACCGAUGUCCGACUAUAAGGCUCCUAAAGCAGACUAUCACGCCCCCAUGUCCGACUACAAGGCACCUAAAGCAGAGUAUCACGCCCCCAUGUCCGACUACAAGACACCUAAAGCAGACUAUCACGCCCACAUGUCCGACUACAAGGCACCCAAAGCUGAAUAUCACGCUCUUAUGUCUGACUAUAAGGCUCCUCAAGUUGAGUAUCAAGCUCCCAUGACCGAUUAUCAUGCCCCUGAGCCCGAGUAUCACGCACCUAAGGCCGAGUAUCACGCUCCCGACUACCACGAGCCUGAUUACGAGCCUCAGCCCGAGCCGGGAUACCACGCUCCCAAGACUGACUACAAGGCGCCGUCCUACUCCCCUGAGCCAGAGUACAAGGCCCCGAAGGACGAUUAUCACGCACCGGAUCCUGCGUAUCACGCUCCUGAACCCGAGUACCAUGCGCCCAAAACGUCCUACAAGGAGCCCGAGUCCGAAUACCACGCUCCUGAACCCAAGUAUCAUGCCCCAGAACCUGAGUACCACGCUCCCAAGACUUCAUAUAAGGAGCCCGAGCCAGACUAUCACGCUCCUGCUUACAAGGCUCCUGAACCGGAGUAUCAUGCUCCGGUUUACAAGGCUCCUGAGCCUGAGUAUCAUGCCCCCAAAACGUCAUACAAGGAGCCUGAGCCUGAAUACCAUGCUCCCAAGCCCGCAUACAAGGCUCCCGAACCUAAGUACCACGCUCCUAAGACCUCUUACAAAGAACCAGAACCCGAAUAUCACGCCCCAGUUUAUAAGGCUCCUGAACCUGAAUAUCAUGCGCCUAAGACCUACAAAGAGCCCGAACCAGAGUAUCAUGCCCCGUCCUACAAGACUCCCGAACCCGAGUACCACGCGCCAAAGACUUCAUACAAAGAGCCCGAACCAGAAUAUCAUGCGCCCAAAACCUCCUACAAAGAGCCCAAAGCCGAAUACCAUGCUCCUGACUACAAGGCCCCAGAGCCUGAGUACCAUGCGCCGGCUCCUGCUUAUAAGGCUCCUGAACCAGAAUAUCACGCACCGAAGACUGACUACAAAGAACCCGAGCCCGAAUACCAUGCUCCCGUCUACAAGGCACCGGAGCCCGAGUAUCAUGAACCCAAAACGUCCUACAAAGAACCCGAGCCCGCAUACCACGCUCCUGAGCCCGAAUACCACGCUCCUAAAACGUCCUACAAGGAGCCUGAACCGGAAUACCACGCCCCGAAGCCAGCUUAUAAACAGCCCGAGCCUGAAUACCACGCUCCCGUUUACAAAGCCCCCGAGCCUGCCUACAAAGCUCCUGAGCCUGAAUAUCACGCCCCGAAGACCGACUAUAAGGCCCCCGAACCUGCUUACAAGGCACCUGAGCCAGCGUAUAAGGCCCCUGAAAUGGCCUACAAGGCGCCAGCAGCGGAUUACAAAGCUCCUGUAGCGGACUACAAAGCUCCUGCAGCGGACUACAAGGCCCCGAACCCUGCCUACAAAGCCCCAGAACCCGCCUACAAGGCUCCGGAGCCCGCCUACAAGGCUCCAAAUACAGAGUACAAGGCGCCCAAGAGCGGAUACUCGGCACCGGUGUACGCGCCCACUCGCAGCUACCUCGGGCCAGUGGCCAGCAAGGCGCCCACCGACUACAAGGCACCGCACGCCACCUACGAGGGUCCCAGUGACCACAAGUACACGCCUCCCACCUACAACAGCGCGCGUCCCGGCGCGCUGGGCUACAGCGGCCCGUCGCACCGUCCCGGAUAUGAGAUCGAGUACCAGCCGUACCGUCCCACCCCGGCUACUUCGUACGACGACGGUGCUCUACCACUGAGAGGCGCCUGGGGCUUCACCCACGGCACGCGCGGCCGGCCGCACGGCGGACCGCACGCCGCCAGCUACGGCAGCGCCGGCGUGGCCGUGCACGGCUCCGGCUCCGUGGGGCCGACCGUGCGACCGGCGUACGCCCCGGGCAACUACCUGCCCGGCCUGCUGGCCACGCCGCACUUCAACGGAUACGGCAGCAACGGGGUCUACCUGUUCAUCCCGACAGCACAUUAGAGAGAUCUACGGCUACCCGCCGCCCCCGCCGGGAGGCUAUGGGCCCUGGUGGACCAAGCUGGGACGCCUUAUCGGCACGGAUCUGGUCGUCAGGAACUACCGCGCGGCGCCCGUCGGAACUGGAGCUUCCAACGGUCGCCACUAGGUGGCAACACUGGACGCAGGUCACGCCCGAUCGCGCUGGAUCGUGAUUGGCUGCGACGCGAGCGCCGGCGAGUCUGACUGCGUUCGGGUCAUGUGUCUUUCAGAGACGUGAAGUGCCGUAAUGUGUCGUCUGUAGAUUGUCGUGUAUGUGAGUAAUCACUGUUUCUCAGCAAGGUUGUUCACUCUGAUCGUAGAUAUCUUGCUACAUUGUCAACAUAGAAAGUACUGUCAAGCUGUAUUUACUUUGUGUACUUUUUCUACUUGUACCACUAUGUAUUUAUGCGAUUAUGAGAGUCCUGUUCAACAGAGUGACCGAAAUAUUUUAUACUGCGUCAGCCAUGCUAGCAAUAAACUUUUUAUAAAGUAACCCGAAA